AUGUUCAUAUUGAACAACGUUGUGAUCAUUAAGAUUGUCCUCAACUUUGCUUGCAUGACAAUGGGAUCGUCCAGGCUUUUGCUGUUCCUGCGAGACUCGCAGGCCUACGAGAAAUCUGCAUCUUUUGUGCCCUUGGAGGACCGAGGGCGAAGGUUGCGCUUUCGCUUGCGAAAAAUUGCCAGCCUGGUGGUGCUGGUCAUCGUGUAUGGCAUGGCCAUCCGGAUCUACGUGGAUAGCGCGAUGCAGGACAGCAGGGAACAGUGGCGCAUUCCUGUCUUGGUCUGUAGCUUUUUCACGCUGCUUGUCUUCCUCUUCUACGACUCCUUAGCGUACGUCAUCCUCAGCUCGUGCUCGGCAGUCUUGGCUGAGUACCUGCGCGUCGAGCUGGUAGCCCUGGGCCGGUGCAGGACGCCUCGACGAGUGGAGGAGGUCAGGCUCAGGCUUUCCAUCAUCAAGAAGCUCAGGCGCUCUCUUAACGAAAUCUGGCACCCGGCGCUGGCUGUUUGGUCAGCGUGCCUCAUACUGGUGCUCUGCAUAACCCUGUACACCAUCUUCGACGGCGACAUUGGGCAGCCCGAGGUCUUGGUUGCUUUAGCCUACUCUGCUUACGCCUCGAUGAGCUUCGCUGACCUCGCCAUCUUGAGCCAGUGUUUGAGUGAUCUGGCACGACAGUUGAAAAAUGCCGCACUCCAUGUGGAAACGACUGGAGCAGCAGAAUGUUACGAGGAACAGGUCCAAUACCUCCACAGAACGAUCGACCCUGAUUCCUUCUGCUUUACAGGGGCAGGCUUCUUCCUCCUCAACAAGGCUCUCCUGGUCUCUAUGGCCGGCUCCACCAUCACCUACGCCGUCAUUCUAGUGCAGACAAGCGACGAACUCGCCGAGCAUGUAGAUGUCUCAAGGCUGGUCUGAACACGACUUCUACGCGAGCCGGCAAGCUUGAAACGGCACACGUGUGAAACUUUGGCCCCGAUCACAAACCGAAUUCGCGCACAAGUGAUGUGAAAGCUGCAUCGGCGAAGUUGUGCUGGCACGAAGCGGGACAUACGAAUGAGAACUUGGAAAUCAUACGGUGAUCUUACAAGACGUCUUGUUUCAAUGUGUGAAAUAAACGAAAGGUGCAUUCAUUUCUUGUAAUUCAGCAAGAAAUAGAGUGAAU